UCGGACAGUACUAUGUCCAUGGGUUGGGGUUCCAGUGAGCGGCCGUUAAAGAAAUGUAUAGAAGCUGUUUUGUUAAUAUAAAGAACAUCGCACAGAUUUGAAUAUGUAAGGCUCAAACAUUACGGUAUUGUCGCUAUCACCCGAGGAGAAGUCUGGAUUAUUUUAGAGAUAAAUCAGAGAUGCUGCCUGGUCGAUAGCAUGCUUCAGUUAGCUACACGCUAAAGCUAGCCUCAUCUGGGACAACUUGAGCAACAUUUUACUUAGAAUUUAUCUUAGAGUCAGGUUUUUAUUCACAAGUAUCUAACAAUGAAGUGUCACUAUGAAAUAUUGGGCGUGAAACGAGAUGCUGGGGACGAUGAUUUGAAGAAAGCUUAUCGUAAAUUAGCAUUGAAAUGGCAUCCAGAUAAAAACUUGGAGAAUGCUGAGGAGGCAGCAGAGCAGUUCAAGCUGAUUCAGGCAGCUUAUGACGUCCUGAGUGAUCCACAGGAGAGAGCUUGGUAUGACAAUCACAGGGAGGCUCUGCUGAAAGGAGGACUGAGUGGUGACUAUGAAGAUGACAGUAUUGACCUGCUGCAGUACUUCACAGUCACCUGUUAUUCUGGCUAUGGAGAUGACGAGAAGGGUUUUUAUACAGUUUAUAGGAAUCUCUUUGAGUCCAUUGUUAAGGAGGAGAUGGAGCAUGGCAGGGUGGAAGAUGAGGAAGAGGAGGAGGAAUUUCCUUCCUUUGGAGACUCUCAGAGUGACUAUGAUACCAUAGUGCACGUGUUUUAUGGCUACUGGCAGAGCUUCUGCACUCGUAAAAACUUUGCCUGGAAGGAGGAGUAUGAUACGAGGCAGGCCUCCAACCGCUGGGAAAAAAGGGCCAUGGAGAAGGAAAACAAGAAGACCAGAGACAAGGCUCGAAAGGAGCGCAACGAGCUGGUGCGACAACUAGUGGCUUUUGUUCGCAAGCGUGACCGACGUGUGCAGGCCCACAGGAAGCUGGUGGAGGAGCAGAACGCUGAGAAGAUCAAGAAGGUGGAGGAGCUGAGGCGGAAACAAAAGCUCAGCCAGGCUAAACUGGCAGAGGAGUAUAAGGAGCAGAGCUGGGCGGCCAUGUCCGAACUUGAGAAGGAGCUGCAGCAGAUAGAGGCUCAGUACGGAGAGGAGUUUGGAGAUGCAUCCGAGACUGAGGAAGAUGAGCAGGACAUGGACACACGGGAGAAGAACAGUGAAGAGGGAGGAGAUGCUGACCAGCCUGAUGGAGAUGAACUAACAAUUGACUAUUAUGAUGACCUGUACUGUCCGGCCUGUGACAAAUCAUUCAAAUCAGAUAAAGCUAUGAAAAACCAUGAAAAAUCCAAAAAGCAUCGGGAGAUGGUGGCGUUGCUACGGCAACAGCUGGAGGAGGAAGAGGAUUCACUUGGUUUGAACCUGGACGGAAAGGAGGGAAGAGAAGAGGAAAAUGAGGAGGAGGAAGAAGAAGUUGAGGAGGAAAAGCCAAGGCAAAAGCUGUCCAAAAAACAAAAGAGGAAAAAGAAAAAGCAAGAAGUCGUCCACCAGAGCACUCCGGAGGAGGUGGAGGAGAAACCAACACCGACUAGCUGCGAGGAAGAUGCCCCCGAGACGUCAGCUGACCCUACAGAGCCUGAGAAACACGACGAUCUCCCUCCCACAGAGGUCAAGAGCAGCUCUGGGAAGACGAAGGGAAAGAAGGGAGGCGGAAAAGACAAACCGAAGAAUGUCAAGUCAAACACAGGAGAACAGCAUCCUGAGAAGGAAGUAAACCUCCGCUGUGUGACCUGUAACAACGAGUUCCCCACAAGAAACAAGUUGUUUGACCAUCUGAAGACAAGCGGCCACGCCACCACUGUAACCUCAAAUGCUCCUCACAGCUCUGUGAGCAAGACCAAGAAAGACAAGAAGAAGACCAGAUAACAUAUCUUCAUGUGGGCUGAUGAAGCUGAAACUUCAAUACUGAUUGAUUCAGUAGGGACACUGGAAACAACACUGAGAACUGCAGGAGGAGAAAUUAAAAAAAAGCCUUUCUAUGUGGACUUUAAUGGACUGUAUUGGCUGAGUUGUGGGCGGUUAGCUUUUGUUUUUUUCUUUCUUUUGUUUUUUUAAUUACACAAUAAUCAUAUUCAGCUGUGCAUUUGUGAGAGACUUGAGUCUUCCAGAUUGGAAUGAUGGACUUUCUGAGCAGUUUUCAGUACCUUCCAUAGUAACUUAUGAAUCUCUGUACUGAUAAACCAGUGGGGAAACAAACACACAGAAUGUGCCUGGGAUACACAUUCAUCCCUAUUAUCAGAUACCAUCUCUCUCUGUUUGUCAUGAAGAGCUCUGUAGUGGUAUUACUGCAUCCUAAAAAUAAAAGUGAUACUGCACGUUGGUAUUUAUACAACAA